GCUCACAGGAACACCAGCUCGCGACUACAGAACAAAGCCACGAGGAGUUUUCCGUGAUGUGAAGCUAGUUUCGGUGACAUCAAUGUCGUCGUCGCUGUGAACAGGUGAAGAGAGACAGGAUAGAGGAGGGCCUGCUGCCUGAUCAUGACUGCUGUGGUUCGACCUGGAGUCAAUGUUUCAAAGCUAUGUGAGGAUGGAGACAAGCUCCUUGCGGUUGGAGAGCUGGGGAGAGCUACCUCUCUCUAUAUGUCGGCCUUCCGGACUCACGCAGCCUCCACCGUUACCCACAUGCGGAAAUUGAAGUCAGGCCUGGGUGGGGUGAUCUCAACUUUAGAAGGCUGGCUCGACAGUCACGGGGAGAACCACCCCGCCGAGGGUCUUAAUAACAAAGGUCUUGCGGCUGUGUUUCUCUCCACACUCUGCCCCAACAAUCUGUCAGCCACCAUUUUCAAGAUGGAGUCUCUCCUUCAGAGUGGCGGGCUUGGCUGUGAGGAGAUUUUUGCUCGCUGCACUGCUCUGCUUGAGGGGAUGCCAAACCCUCACCCACCAGAUGUGACUCGCCUCGUGUUGGAGGUAACUCGUGCCCUGGCCUGCUUGUUCUCAGAGCCUCACAGUGUCACGGGGCUGAAGCUUUACCUCAACGCUUACCAGAGGAACAAAUCUCAAACCGUCACUCUGGUGAACAGCAGGCAAGCUCAGCACCUAAACAGAAUAGUGAAGGCCUUUACACAUCAACUACUGCUCAUACACCCCUCUUUAAUAUUUGACAGCGAGUGUGCAGUGACAACAAAGGAGAAGGACAAGUUAGAUGUAGAGACUUCUGCAACAAUUAUUGGAUUUUUAUUGGCUAUCUCACCUGGCAGUACAGAAGUGCAGGAACUUCAUGCAGCAUAUUUGUUUUUGACAGGCAGGUUUUGGGACAGUGCAGAUGUGUACUCUGCUCUUUUGCAUCAUGGUAAUUGUCAGAAAACCGGGAGUAGUACAGACAAGUCAUUCCAGCACCCUCCCGAGAGGAGAGCCAGACUCCUAAUCAGUCGAGCGGCUGCCUGCUUGUCGGCAGGUGGACGGACUGCUGAGGAUUGCAGGGAUCUGGGGGAGGCGUUUGAGAUGCAUCCUGCCACGGCCCGAAUUUAUUUUCAAAAGCUGUUCGCAGAUCAUGGUACAGGGGUGGCUGCUUGCAAUCAUCUCCGUCAGCAGGCGGAGCGGGGCCUGUCUGGUUACAGAGAAAGGGUCCUCAUCCGUCCAGACCUGCGAUCCACCGAGGGAGUUGAGCUCCUGGACCCUGUGAUCACUCAGUUACGGACUCUGUGCUAUUUAGAGCCCGGCGGAGGAGGUAGAGAGCUGCGGGUGCGACUGGCCGACUGUCUUCUCCUCAGAGGGGAACACAAAGAGGCCCUCUCCAUCUGUAGCCAGCUAGCUGCUGCCCGAGGUCAGCAGAGCUAUCAAAACACGGUGCAGGUUCUCCGUGGGUAUGCCAGACUUCUCUCAGAUGACGAAAAGGGGGCGUUAGAAGACUUCAAGGCUGUGAUUGAACACGAUACCCCCCACCCGUCCAGCUGUGUGCGGGCACUCUGUGGCAGGGGGCUCCUGCGCAUGAUGGGUGGGUUAAACUACCUCACAGCUCUAGACUUUGUGACAGCCAGCAUGCUGCACCCCCAGGAAACGGCCCUGACUGUUCGCUGCCUGGUGCCGUGGAACUACCGGGGGCUGCUGUUUACUGUUUUACUGGAGCAGGGGCGAGUCAUGCUUGAGGCGACGGGAGGACACGAAUCCAAGUCCAGUUCCAGUGACGACUCCCAACAGCCCCAGCAGAGGGAUCGGCUGCAGGCCCCAUCAAAGAGAGACAAGGACGGAGCAGGGACCCCUGCUGGUGUCCAGUCUCUGGCUGGUCUGCUGAUGGAGCUCCAGCCGGGUGCUGAUGGGUCUCAGAUCCUGGCAGCAGAUGCCUUGUACCAGCUCGGCCGGGUCGAGGAGGCCUACCGGCUACUUCUUUCCAUCGGGCCUACCGGUCCCCGGGCACCCGUCCUGGCUCGACUCGCCCUGCUGCAGCUGCACAGAGGCUUCCUUUAUGACACCAAUCAGCUGCUGAAAAAGCUCAUUCAGUGCGGCGAUACGAGCUGCUUGCGCCCCCUGUUGGCGGUGGCUCAACAGAAGGACCGGGCUCUGCUGCAGGGUCACUGCCACUCUGCUGCUAAACGAAUCCUGGAGGGCACGCGGGAGGAGAGCGAAGUCAGGGAGGCUGUGGCAUACCUCUCCAUCGCUAUCAUCGCCUCUGGUGGCGAGGCAGCAGAGUCUUUGCUGGAGAGAGCGAGGUGUUAUGCCCUGCUGGGCCAACGAAAGACAGCCAUCUUUGAUUUCAGUGCUAUUUUGAAGGAGCACCCAAAACACACCCAGGCUCUCUGCGGAAGAGGCUUCACUUAUCUCAUGCUGAACCAACAAAAGCAAUGCACUCAUGAUAUCCUGGCAGCACUUCAGAUAAACAUUGACAUAGUCACCAAAGACAUCCUGUCACUCAAGGACAAGGCACGGAAGCUGGUCUGCGAUUGGCUGCAUGAGUUCUGUCGGACCAAUCUGUCAGACAUCCUGCUUGCUAGUGCUGUCCCCUGCCAUGAAGAGCAGCUCAGAGAGGCUUUUAUAAUCGGUGGAGCUCUGAUGAGGACUGACUGCAGAGACCCCAGAUGGCAUCUCCUCUAUGUGGACACACUUAUAGCCAAAGGUGAAGUCAAGGCAGCGGGCGCUCAUCUGUGCCAGGUGUUUGGCCAGGAGCCGAGAGACGCAGUGGCCCAGGCCAGGGUGGGUGUGGUGGAGGCCUGGCAGCAGAACUACCGGAGCGCAGCUCGCAGGCUUAGCAAACUGACUGAAAAAGAUUCAUCAAGUCUGGUCUUCUUGCUGGCCCUGAUCCCAAUCAAUCAGCGAAAACGCAUGGCACAGGCUGCAGCACAGGAGGCCAGCAGUGUAUCAUCAGGUGGCCAGUGGGACCAGGCCCUCACACUCCUGAAUGUGGCAGUACAAGCAGUGGGCCAUCACAGACUCCAGUAUCUUCGCCAGCGGGCUGCCUGCCUCGCUCAGCUGGGCCUACACGAGCGGGCCGUAGCUGACCUGGACAGAGUUAUCAAGAAACACAACGGACCUGACUCCAGCCGCUCGGAGGAUUCUCAAGUCUGGGCAGAGGACCUGUGUCGACGAGGCCACAGCCUGGUGCUCUGUUCCAGAGAAGGAGCAGCUCUGGAGGACUUCAGUCAGGCCUUGGAUCUCCACAGGAACCAGGCCAUCCAGUGUGUGGAGGCUGGUCUGGGGAGGGUGCGUCUGGCCGAAUGCUUCCUGCGGGGGGCGCUGCAGCACUAUGGGGAGCAGCAGCUCAACAAAGCCUGGACAAGGAUUGAGUGUGGCCUAGUUGUGGACAAGGAGAAUGCAGAGCUCCGCAGACUGAGGGCAAGGGUCAAACGAGAAGUGGCCAGUCCCUGCAAUGUCAACUAGUGUUGAUGGUGAGAACCAGCUGAGCUCACUCAAUGCAGCCAUGUCAGUGACUGUAGGAACGAUUACAGCACGUUUGAUGGUUCUUUGGAGGUUUGUAGCAUUAACAACAGUGUUUGUUAUAGUAUUCAGCCACGUUUUUAUAAUUACAUCAAAUCAGUAUACUGGAUAUGAGAGGAGAAUGUGAAAGGUCGCUAUUUUCAAUCCUAUAUUUUAUUAACAAAUUUAACUUUGGCACUUCAUACAUUUUAUAACUGAAACAUCAUUAAUCAUGAAUUAUUGCAUGAAUGUGAACAAAGCUGGAUUGUGAUGGUCACUAUAUGGUAUGAAGCAAAUCACGUAACGUAAAAUUAAAUAUAGUUUAAUUCAAACAAUCACACCUAGAUAAGAUAUAUAAGAAAGUGCCUCGUGUGCAGGUUUUUAUGCUUUUGAAAUGGAGAAGGCAUGCUUUUCUUUAAUCAUAUCCAUGACAGAAAACACAAUUUAGAACACAUAAAUACAGAAAUAGAAGUAAACACUGGAAUUCAGCCUAUUCCACUUACAUUAAAGCGUGCUUAAACACAAGAACAAAAUCAGUACUUUAGUACCCUUCUCAGUGCACCUGAAGGACUUUAAAAGGAAGUUGAAUACAAUAUUUAUGUGUAACUUGUGUUGAGAAGUUACAUGUACUUUGGUAUUAUGCCAACACAGUAAUGUAUUGCGGUUCCAUGUUGCCGAAGUAGGAUUUCUCCCACUCACUCAUGAGGUCGAAAUGCAGCGGGCGAUCACAGAAGUUGCAGGAAGCUGUGGCCGGGCAGUUGAGCAGGAGCCCCGCCUCCUGCCACACCUCCACGAGUUUCUCUGUGAAUGAAACAUAGACACUCAUAAGAAUGAACAAUUAAAUGCCAAUAUUUAUUUCUCUUUUACUUCUCUGUACCGGCCAUUGUCCCCAUUUCACUUGAUUGGACAUUUACUCUGAUAAUUUAAGGAUCCCCACACUCACCCACAAAGUACUCCAUCAUGGCGGGGUUGUGAUGAGGAGACGGAGCCAGCCUCAGCAGCUCCUCACCACGAGGCACUGUGGGGUAGUUGAUGGCCUGAACAUAGAUGUUGUGUUUCUCCAGCAGGAUGUCACACACCUUGGUGUUCAGCUCAGCGUUGCCUACCUAGAAGAUGGUUCAUGAAAGUUGAUGUGAGGCGUUUAGUGCAUGCUUUUUAUUAAACACAGUCAGGUCAUACAUGUACGAAUCAAAGCCAUUAUUGUGAUUAACUGGGUCGAUGGAUUCAAGAGUAUGCCACUGGAAAUAUUAUAGAAUUUGUAUGUUUCCAUAUAAUCAUAUGACCCAUUGAAAAAAUAAAUUGCAAAUUGAUUAAUUAAAUGUGCAUUUAAAUGCAUUAAAAACAUGAUGGUCCUAAAUUACUUUAUAAAAUUGUAUCACAAAAAUAAUUCAGCUUGAAUGGAAAUGUAAUUAUUUCACUGGCUUCUAAUUGCUUUUUAAAGAUUAUACAUUGGAUCAUAGUUAAACACUGAACAAGUCUAAUUGUUGCGUUGACACACUCCGGUCUCCAUAUGUUCU